AUGAUCUCAUACGUUGUGUACCACGCCGUGCAAACUCCGUUUUUGUUCAUUCCCACGCAUAAACUCCAUUACAUGUUCAUGUUCAAGUCUGCUCUUGUGCCGCCAAUGGCACUGGCAAUGGUGAUUUGGAUCAGCGUUAAAGCCGGUGGUGGAGCCGACCUUUUCAGCAAACCGGCCACUGUUCAGGGCUCGGAGCGCGCAUGGCUAUGGCUUACGAAUAUGACCUCAAUCACUGGCGGAUUCUCUACCCUGGCCGUAAACAUAUCCGACUUUUCGCGAUUCAGCAAGAAGCCUGGAGGUCCUGUGUGGCAACUGCCAAUGAUCCCAUUCUUCAAGGUUAUUACUGGCCUGUUUGGUAUCAUCGCGGCGAGCGCCUCCCAGAAUGUGUAUGGAGAAAUCCUCUGGAGCCCGCUUGACAUCAUCGACAACUGGAAGGGUUCUCCAGGUGCUCGCGCAGCAGCAUUCUUCUGCUCGUCGCUGUGGCUGCUCGCAACGAUCUGCAACAAUAUCUCUGCAAAUUCCAUCUCAUUCUCGAACGAUCUGGUAACCAUGUGCCCAAAAUGGAUCAACAUCAAACGCGGCAUGGUCAUCUGCCUGCUGCUUGGUGGAUGGGCACUCUGUCCCUGGAUUAUCAUCAGGAACGGCACCACCUUCCUCAGCUUUAUGGGCGCGUAUGCCAUCUUCAUGGCUCCGAUUGCGGGCAUUCUCUUUUGCGAUUACUGGAUCAUCAAGCGACGCAAGUACGAUGUGCCGGCCUUGUAUGACCCCAAAGGUAUCUAUUACUACAAGUUGGGAACAAACUGGCGCGCCCUCGUCUGCAAUCUGGUAGUGAUCGUACCGCUACUGCCUGGUCUUGCUCAUGCCGUAACGCCAAACAAUGUGUCCAUCAAUACCGGUCUUCAGCACCUUUACUCCAUAAACUAUCUCUAUGGAUUCUUUCUCUCGACAGCCAUGUACUGGUUCUUCAAUUACUUCUGGCCGGAUCGACAGACGCUUAUUCCCGCUGUCGUGCCUGGGGUUAUCGUCGAUAACCUGUCAGGGGUGGGUUCGGACAUCGAAAGCUUUGCUCCUGAUGUGAAGCAAGCGGCGCGUUCUGAUAAGGCUAUCCCGGAGGAUAAGUGA